AUGACAGCAACAAAUAUGACUCCAACUGAUAAGCUAGUCUCAACAGGCAAUUAUCAAGAUUUAAAUGAAAAUGAUGGUCUCGAUGCUGAAGAUAAAAUUGUACAAGAAUUUACUCAUUUACUUGAUAAAUCAAAACAACUAUUUAAUGGAUUAAGAGAUCUUCCACAAUAUGGACAUAAACAAUGGCAAGCAUAUUUUGGACGAACAUUUGAUGUUUACACUAAAUUAUGGAAGUUUCAACAACAACAUAGAGUUCUUCUCGAUAAAAAACUUAGUUUGAAACGUUGGCAAAUCGGUGAAAUCGCAUCGAAAAUUGGCCAACUUUAUUAUCAUUUUUAUAUACGAACAUCGGAAGCAAAUUAUUUAAAUGAGGCUUUUGCUUUCUAUUCGGCUAUACGUACACGUGCUUAUUAUUCAAAAGUAAAUCGUGAAGAAAAACCAGAUUUAAUGGUCAAAAAAUUACGCUAUUAUGCACGAUUUAUUGUCGUCUGUCUUUUAUUAAAAAAAACAAAGAUAAUGCGUGAUUUAGUACGUGAAUUGAGUCGUCAAAUCGAUGAAUAUGUUAAAGCAUACGAUCCAGACGAUAGUCUUGAAUGGCAACUUGUAUUAAAUGAAGUUUCAACAUUUAUCGAUAUUGAUAAUCAAUUAAGUGUUGAUCGAACACCACUUACAUUAUAUUAUCGUUUAACAAAUUCUGUAAUACCACCAUUGCCCAUGGGUGCCGAUAAAAUCCUAUCAAAUAUACAAUUAUAUUCACUUGAAGAAAUUAUCAUUAUUGGAAAUUAUCAAGAUCAAAUUAAAUUCAGUGAAUUAACUCUGGAUAUGUAUCGAAUGUUACAAGCAGUUGAAAGACAGUCCAUUGAAUCCACGUCAUCGUCGGAUGAAAGGGCAUUGCUGCAAUCACCAGCUAGUCAACAGAAGGAGAUACUUAAUUUAUCCGAUGGUGAAUUAUCAAUACGUUCAAAUCCUCAUAAAUAUCUUCUCUACAAGCCAACAUUCAGUCAAAUUUACGCAUUUACCGCAUCAGCAUUUAAAGAACUACCGCCAAAUGGCGUUCUUCUUCUUUAUAUAUCUGCUGAUGGCUAUGAUACACAUCUGAAGGUAAAAACUGAACAUUCAUAUGAUUUUGGUGGUGUAAAAACUAAUAAUCGUCGUGACGAAACGAAUGAUAAUUCAAAUUCACCGGCAAAUACUCUUGGAAAAAAAUCACCUUCAACAACAACAACAACAACAACAACAGCAACGACGACAACGACAACGACUCCUAAAGAUAUUCAUAAUAUAUUUCCAGGAGAUUUAUAUCCAUUUUUACGUAAACCAUUAUUUUUAAUUAUCGAUAGUAAUCAUAGUACGGUAUUUCAAAACAUACCGAAUUUAUUUGGUCAACCAUUGGUUUCAUUACUUUCACCUAUUAAAAUACCCGCAGUAUUUCAUGAUUAUCAAAAUAAAGGAAGUUUAUUUACAUUAUUUUUAACAACACCAGCAUUUGCAUUCUGUUUUGUUUGUCAUUUAAAUGAACUAACCAGCGAACAAUGGAAUCUGUGUCAAGAAAAUGUUAAUAAGAUUAUUUUUGAAAUAAUAAAAAUUUUCUUAAAAUCAAAACUUGUUGAUGUUUCAGUCUAUCAUUUUAUUGGUGAUGAUUUCUUAAGAUUAUUUCUUGCACGUUUCGUUUUCUGUUAUGCUGUCCUUCGUUUACAUCGAGCAUUCAAGGGCUCUGGAUUUUAUCCAUCGUCUCAACCGCAAUUAUCAAAUGAUCUUCUUGAAAAUGUUCAAGUACACAAAAUGAUUUUGGAAUUAUCAGCAUCACUAAGUGUUCGUCAAUUAUUUCUUGAAGGACCUCUCAGUGUUGCGGAAUAA